AUGGGUAUCAGACACACCAACAAGCGAGAGCCUGAGAACUUGGAUCCAGUGCCAAUUCUUUCACAAGAAGGUCUAAAUCAAGACGACACUCGUCCAGCCGUAGCUCACGAUGCUGUCUUCGGUGAUAUCACAGAAGAUGGACCCAAUUACCGAGACGUUGGAUGGCUAGGCACUUCUGCACUUAUGAUGAAGACCCAAAUCGGUCUGGGCAUCCUCUCAAUACCAUCGGCGUUCCACACUCUGGGCCUUAUCCCCGGACUCCUAUGUCUGCUCGUCAUUGGAGGCAUCACCACUUGGUCUGACUAUAUUAUUGGAACAUUCAAGCUUAAUCACCGCGAGGUUUACGGUAUUGACGAUGCAGGCGGUAUCUUAUUUGGACGUUUUGGACGAGAGUUUCUUGGAAUCAGUUUUGCUUUGUUAGCUGCUAUAGUCGUCUUUCUAUGCGCCAGUAUUCGCACACUGGGUCGAAUAAGCUGGCUGGCAUGGGUGGGAGUGAUCUCUCUUAUGGCAGCUGUCUAUGUCGUUACCAUCGCCGUCAGCAUCCAAGACCGGCCCUCAGCAGUCCCAAAGAUAAACCUCGAAGGCGAAUGGAAAUCCGAUUACAAACUCUAUAACAAACCGAGCAUUACGGAGGCCAUGUCGGCUCUCUCGACAAUGGUCUUUGCCUAUGCUGGCACACCCCUAUUUUUCCCUAUUGCUGCAGAGAUGCGCGAUCCACAUCACUACACCAAAGCGAUGCUUCUCUGUCAGUCCGUUGCAACUGCGACAUAUAUCAUCGUGGGAAUUAUUAUCUACUACUACUGUGGCUCCUAUGUUGCUUCGCCUGCUUUGGGAUCGGCUGGGAAGACUAUUAAGCAAGUCGCUUACGGUCUUGCUUUACCAGGUUUGAUCGUUGGUGCAACUAUCAAUGCUCAUGUCACAGGCAAAUACGUGUUCGUUCGAAUUUGUCGAGGCUCAAAGCAUCUCACGGCCAACACCUUCACUCACUGGGCUACAUGGCUAGGCCUGACCUUUACUACAGCCUUGUCAGCCUACAUCAUAGCGAGCGCAAUUCCUGUCUUUGGAAGCCUCGUGUCUCUCGUUGGAGCUCUCCUAGGUACACUCCAAACAUUUCAGCCCUAUGGUUGCUUCUGGUUAUACGAUAACUGGAGCGCGGGUAAGCAGGAGAGAUCUCCAAAGUGGAUUCUUAUGGUUAUAUGGAGCAGUUUUGUUAUUCUUUCUGGAAUGUUUCUGAUGAUUGCUGGAACAUAUGGAUCUGUUAUUGGCGUUAUUGACUCUUACAAGGUGUCAGGAGGAUCAGCUGCCUUUUCGUGUGCUGACAACUCCAACUCUGUCUAAGACCAACUUCUGUGACAAAGGCAAUCAAGAAUGGUAUAGAACAAAUACGGUCCGCAAUAUUAUAGCAAUUGAUAUAUCAUGUUUGUUAUUGUGUAACAUGAGUUGUAUUGCUUAUUGCUGAUACCUAUCUUAGUCUCCAAAAAAAGCGGUCGGAGUUAGCAAAUUUUCUUAAUGCCCCUCCCACUAUCAUUCACGCCUGCCUACUUUCACUCCAAUCAUCAUUAUACCGAUAAAUCUUGAUCUGUACAGCCAUAUUAUUAUUUGCAUUUGUCUGAGUUAUUUGCAUAUCUGCCAUUUAAUACGCCGUAUCGGAGAGCUGUUUGAGUGAGAUCGAGUGAUCUAUCAAGCAAAUCGAGUCAGAUCAUCGGAG